CAAAAGCUCGCCAUGAAACACGUGCUUUCCGGAAUGGAAAAUUUGCAAUAAUUAAUUGCAAAUACGUUUCAAACUACAGGCUUUCUACUCGCGAAAAUACGAACACCACUUUCGCGGAGCACUAAUCCACCGAUUAGAUCACUUUCCAAGCAAGGAAAUGCAAGUAUUACAGACUUUUGAAAAAUGGCUUUUUUGGUCCCCAAAAGGUACCAUUAAGCCUAUAGUGCAGCGGAGUCGGCGGUAAACGCACAUUGCAGGAGUCCGGAUGUGAGAUGUGUAAGGAUACCACAGCGCCAAGCUUCAGGAUGCAUGUUGGGAUAGGAAGAAGAGUAGGAACUGAAAGGCCAUUUCAGAAACUCUGCAACGACUUCCUAGAUUUUCCUGAAGGCGAUGAAGGUGCGACGGCGGCGAACGUAGUAGAUUUCAUGGCGAACGAAGUUUUUUACAAGCUCGGUGUGCCUGAAACGGUACAUUUGGACAAUGGAAAACAGUUCACAUCUAAGACGUUGGAGGAGAUGGUCGAUGGCAUCGGAAGCCAACAUAUCAAGACGCCGAAAUACUCACCCCAAAGCAACGCAGCGGUGAGGGUAAAUCGAAAUGUGCUGGCGGCAAUCUUGGACAAGGAUCACAGAGAGUGGGAUGCGCAUCUGCCGGAGAUCGAGGUGGCCAUAUGGAAUACUGCCCACUCAGCCACAGGAAAAACACCGUUCUUCACUGUAUUCGGUCAUCACAUGUUUUUGAAUAAAGGAAGGAUAAGUUCAUCCACGGGUCAUCCACGCCAAUGCCCAGGAACACUUCGAGGGCGCCUAGGGACGACUCGGCAGCCCUACGACUGCACGCCAUGCCAGGACAGGAAGUCUUCCGGAGGAACUUCGUGCCGAGUGGUUUCAGAAAAGCCUUCAACGCCAAGUUCGCCCGUCUCGACGCUCGAAGUAACGGACAGACAGCCAUGACUAGAUCCCUAAGCAAAACAGGAGUUCAAUAAGGAGUACAGAUUCCCAGAUAAAGCCAAGGUGACAGUUUGCAUUGCUUAAUAUUUGUUGCUCCAAUAUUUAUUUUCUCAUUUGACUAGAUAUUGUUCCAUCAUAAUGCGUUUUUGCUCGCUUCGUAAUAUUUAUUAUAUUGUAAUUAGGUUAUUGGUUAAUACCAUUUAGCUUGCGCCACAAAUGUGUAUAUUUGUAAAUUACCAACAAAUGCCAGCGCAGUAUAUGCCCACAUUAGAACACACAUCGGGGCAUAUAUAACGUCGGGACCGUCGAGGGUUGUAUAAUUAUUUUAUAAAUAUAACAUGUUAGGGCGAUCGUCAACCGACCGGUUUUUUUGCAUAGAUUUUCUUCUUUUUUAUUGUACAUACAGUAUAUAUGAUAUAUCCGAUAUAAUAUAUGUAGAAUUAAACGUAAAUAGUGCAACAUACAUAAUACAUGAAUAAAGAAUCAUUUCUUAGGGGUACAAUAUACACGUUCUCUAUUUAUGUUAAUGAAUCCGUUAUGAGCCGUUUAAAGAGUUCUUAGUAGAGCUGUUUGACAUGAAUUAUUGAGUUAUC